ACAGUGCUGCCCUCCACAGAGCCGUCUCCGUUAGCAACCAUCACAACACUACCCGAGACCGCCCCCUACGUCCCCCUGGCAACCGAGGCGGGGACUCUGAGCCCCGCCCUCCUGCCGGAAACGUCGGAGCUCCAAGAGAUGCCCACCCAUGAGCCCGAUUUCGGCGUGGAGGAGGCCCCCACUGUGGUGCCCAGCGUGCUGCCCGAAUCCCCGAGUCCUGGGGUGGAGGUUGAUCGCCGCCCCAAACAGCCAGAGGUGGAGGAGUUUGGGGAAGACUUCUACAGCGACCUUUACGAUGACCUCUCUGUCUCCACGGUAACCGUGGCCCCCAACGUCACCGAGUACGAGAUCAUAGAGUAUGAAGAUUACAUCAAUGGCACUGAGUACCACGAGCAGGAGUAUGAAGAGUAUGAAGAAUAUGAAGAUCGAUUUGGAUUGGUGGAGAGAGAAGAUGCAGACACCUGGGAUGGGCAGAACAAAAACGUCCAGCCCGAGAAGGGAGAAAAGGGAGAGCCUGCUAUAUUUGAACCGGGCACGUUGAUAGAAGGCCCCCAUGGCCCCCCAGGACCAGAGGGGCCCCCAGGUGUAUCUGGUCCCCCCGGACCUCCAGGGCCACGAGGGGACCCAGGAGAACUGGGUCCUCCGGGACGACCGGGUCUUUCCGGGGCUGAUGGGAUACCGGGUCCUCCAGGCACGAUGCUGAUGUUACCGUUCCAGUAUGGGAACGACGGGCAGAAAGGUCCGGUGGUCUCCGCGCAGGAGGCUCAGGCCCAGGCCAUACUCCAGCAAACCAAGCUCUCGUUGAAAGGGCCACCAGGACCACUGGGCCUGACAGGACGGCCUGGACCACUGGGUCUUCCUGGUCCUUCGGGACUGAAGGGGGACAGCGGGGAGCAUGGUCCAGCGGGUCCUAGGGGACUGCCUGGAGCUGCAGGUCUUAAUGGAAAGCUGGGGAAAAGGGGGCGUUCAGGAGCGGAUGGUAAUAGAGGAGCCCCAGGAGAGACAGGCGGCAAGGGUGACCGAGGCUUCGAUGGACUCCCAGGUCUCCCUGGGAAUAAGGGACACAGAGGAGAGCGAGGGAAGCCGGGACCUCACGGUCCACUUGGAGAUCCAGGGGAGAAGGGUUCCGAUGGACCUGCAGGACCAAGAGGACAAGCAGGAGAGCCUGGGUCUCGAGGGCUUGUGGGACCCAGAGGACCUCCCGGACCUCCAGGCCAGCCUGGCAUUCGCGGUGUGGAUGGGGUUCAAGGGUCAAAGGGAAACUUGGGACCCCCUGGGGAGCCAGGACCCCCAGGGCAGCAAGGAAACCCUGGAUACCAGGGUCUGCCUGGGGCUCAGGGCCCCAUUGGCCUGCCUGGCGAAAAGGGUCCUCAGGGAAAGUCGGGCAUGCAGGGUCUGCCUGGUAUAGAUGGUCCUCCGGGUCACCCCGGAAGAGAGGGACCUCCAGGAGAGAAGGGGCUGCAGGGUCUCCCAGGAGCUCAGGGACCCAUUGGAUACCCUGGAUCACGUGGUGUGAAGGGAGCAGAUGGGGUCAGAGGCUUGAAGGGGAGCAAAGGAGAGAAGGGUGAAGAUGGCUUCCCUGGCUCCAAAGGGGACAUGGGCAUCAAGGGAGAUCGGGGUGAUAACGGACCCACAGGGGUUCGUGGUGAGGAUGGACCAGAGGGACUGAAGGGCCAAUCGGGGCCCCUCGGAGAAUCAGGUCCACUUGGCACUGCAGGAGAGAAGGGUAAACUUGGUGUUCCGGGUUUGCCUGGGUAUCCGGGACGACAGGGACCGAAGGGAUCUGUGGGAUUCCCCGGGGCUGCUGGGGUGGUGGGAGAAAAGGGGAAAAGGGGUCCAGGGGGUCAGCCAGGAGGAGCGGGUCAGAGGGGGCCCACGGGUGCACGAGGAGGUAGGGGUGCAAGAGGACCCACUGGAAAACCGGGAGCCAAGGGCUCUGCAGGACACGAUGGACCCGCAGGACCAAGUGGAGAGAGGGGACCCCAAGGACCCCAGGGGCGUAAUGGGGAGCCGGGGCCUAAAGGACCAAAUGGCCCAGGAGGGAAAGAUGGGCUGCCAGGUCAUCCAGGCCAGCGGGGGGAGCCGGGCUUCCAGGGGAAGACGGGCCCUCCGGGGCCAACAGGUGUGGUCGGACCUCAGGGUAAAUCGGGAGAAACGGGGCCAAUGGGGGAGAGGGGACACCCUGGGUCACCUGGACCUCCCGGUGAGCAGGGGUUACCUGGAGCAGCGGGUAAAGAAGGAGCUAAGGGCGACCCUGGUCCCGCAGGGAUUCCUGGGAAGAGUGGCCCUGCCGGACUGCGAGGCUUCAGAGGGGGCAGAGGGAUCCCUGGCGCCAUGGGUCCUCCCGGUCUGAAAGGAGGAGAAGGACCCACAGGUUCUCCGGGAGCUGUUGGGGCUGCUGGGGAGAGGGGACCCCCUGGCGCUGCUGGAGCGAUUGGACAGCCUGGUCGUCCCGGUAGUGUGGGGCCUCCUGGACCGAUGGGAGAGAAAGGGGAGCCGGGAGAGAAGGGCCCGAUUGGACCAGCCGGACACGAUGGAGACCAGGGCAUGCUGGGACUGCCGGGGACAGGCGGGCCUCCAGGACCCCCCGGAGAGGAUGGAGACAAGGGUGAGACCGGAGGGCCAGGGCAGAAGGGCAGCAAAGGAGACAAAGGCGAACUUGGACCCCCAGGACCGCAUGGGAGUCAGGGACCUGUUGGCCAGCCCGGAAUACCUGGUGUGGACGGGGAGCCUGGGCCACGGGGGCAGCAGGGGAUGUACGGUCAGAAGGGGGAUGAAGGACUGCGUGGCUUUAAAGGAGCAACUGGCCCCAUAGGGCUGCAGGGCAUGCCAGGACCACCAGGAGAGAAGGGAGAGAGCGGACAUGUCGGCCUUAUGGGUCCUCCAGGUCAGCAUGGCCCCAGGGGUCCCCAGGGACCCAUCGGUGGAGAGGGACCGCAAGGAUUGCCUGGCGGAGUGGGUCAGCCUGGACCCGUAGGGGAGAAGGGGGAGGACGGAGAGGCAGGGAGCCCAGGACAGGUCGGAGAGGCCGGCCCUCCGGGUGAGAAAGGAGAGCUGGGUGAGAAGGGUGACUCGGGACUCCCAGGAGCAGCUGGGCCCCCGGGUGCUAAGGGACCCGCUGGGGAGGACGGUGCCAAAGGCAACCCUGGACCUAUUGGGUUUCCAGGAGAUCCUGGACCCCCCGGAGAGGCAGGAAUAAAUGGAGUAGAUGGAGGAGCAGGAGAGAAAGGAGAUGCUGGUGAUCCUGGAAAAUCGGGGCCACCAGGAGCCUCAGGCGAGCCGGGCCCCCCAGGGGCCCCCGGAAGGAGGGGUCAUCUAGGGGCUGCUGGAAAAGAAGGGAAGGCAGGUGCAAAGGGAGCAAAGGGGGCGUCGGGCACAGAGGGGCUGAUGGGGAAGACCGGGCCAGUGGGACCCCAGGGGCAGCCCGGCAAGGCCGGUCCCCAGGGACUGCGUGGAAUUCCUGGACCUGCGGGGGAACAAGGCUUGAACGGCCCCCCUGGGCAGACUGGACCUCCGGGACCCAUGGGACCUCCGGGUCUGCCGGGACUGAAAGGGGACCCCGGGCGAAAGGGAGACAAGGGUCAUGGUGGUUUGAUUGGUCUGAUCGGCCCCCCGGGGGAGAUGGGUGAGAAGGGUGACAGGGGCCUGCCAGGGAACCAGGGCCUGCAGGGGCCCAAGGGCGAUGAGGGUUUAACUGGUCUUGCUGGUCCCAAUGGCCCUCCUGGACCUCCAGGUCUAUCUGGUAUGGUUGGCCAGAAAGGAUCAAAAGGGAAUCAGGGGCCCAUUGGUCCCCGAGGAGAUACAGGACCUGCUGGCCACCCAGGACCUCCGGGUCCCCCCGCCUCGGGGAUCGAUCCGCCCCCCCUGCCGCAGGGGCGGAGGAAGAGGCGGAGGCACUCUCAGGUGGACGGGGCCGGCAUGGAGGAGGACCGGGAGGAGGAGGAGGGGGAGGAGGAGGAGGAGGGGGAGGAAUACGUGCAGGGAGACCAGGCUCUGGAAGACCCCGAGGGGAUGGAGGAGGUGUUCGCCUCCCUCACCUCCAUGAAGACGGAGGUGGAGAUCAUGAGGAAGCCCGUGGGCACCUACGAGAGCCCCGCCCGCACCUGCAAGGAGCUCUUCAUGUGCCAUCCGGACUACAGAGACGGCGAGUACUGGAUCGACCCAAACCAGGGCUGCCACAGGGACUCUUUCAAGGUGUUCUGCAACUUCACAGCUGAAGGCGAUACCUGCCUCUUCCCUGACAAAAAGAUAGAAUCAGUGAAGCUGGCUGCCUGGAACCGGGAGAAGCCAGGCACCUGGUUCAGCAAGUUCCGCAAAGGCAAACAGUUCUCCUACGUCGACGCGGACGGGAAGCCCGUGCCGGUGGUGCAGCUGACCUUCCUCAAGCUCCUGAGCGCCAUGGGGAAGCAGACCUUCGCCUACUCCUGCCAGAACUCCGCGGGCUGGUACGACAGCGCCACCCGCAGCCACCAGCGCGCCCUGCGCCUGCGGGGCAGCAACGACGAGGAGCUGUCGCAGGCCAAGACCCCCUUUUUACAGGCGCUGUACGACGGCUGCCAGUCUCGGAAGGGCCAGGAGCGGACGGUGCUGGAGGUGGACUCCCCCAGGGCAGACGUGCUCCCGAUCGUGGACGUGGCCGUCGCAGACUUCGGAAGCAGCAACCAGAAGUUUGGCUUCCAGGUCGGCCCCGUCUGUUUCAACGGUUAACGUCCAGCAGGGAAACAUCUGCACCAAACAAAAGCAAAAGAAAAAUGACUCAUCAUUUUGCCACAAGAAAUAUUUAUAUGUAUUUUUUGAAUCUGUGGUGGGUUUGUGGUAUUUUUAUUGACUUUUUGAACAUCCAAUGGGAGGCAAGGUCCCAUGACAAAUUGAACUGCGGUCAUUGGAGGAUGCCAGCCAGAAAGAAGAGGAACAUUUUGCAAAAGGGAAAUAUUCAGACAGACACAUUUCACUUCUGGUUAGCGCCAUGUUUUAAUUACUUCCACUCUCCCUGUUCACAAACAGUUUACUGUGUAAAAUACAUUAGAAUAAACACGGACAAAUCCAAUCAGACGCUGGCUGCCACUCCCAGCUGUGGGAGGAGUCAGUGUGUCACCAGUGGGAGGAGCCAAUGUGCCAUCAGUGGGAGGAGUCACAGUCACCAGUGGGUGGAGUCAGAGUGUCAACUGUGGGAGGAGUCAGUACCAGUUACGGGAAGCAUCUCUCACCUGUAGGAGAAGGAUUGUUUGCUAUUGUGGGAGAUGACUAGAGUGCCUUUUCACGCUUUGACCGUAACUUCACAAAAACCGGACAGAGCAGGAAGGGUUCGGUCAGGAACCCACAAACUCCUUUAGGUGCUUUACAUGUUGCUGCUGCAAGUUCCCUCGUGCAACCUACCCUUUUCGGAAUACAUUUUCUCAUACCUUAAAUCAUGCCAAGUUCGGAAAUUGGUAGUUUUUUUGUGGAACAUUUAAAACAAAUUAAUUUUACAGAAUAGGAGUUUGUUCUUAGAGUUAUUCUACUUUAUCAAGUGUACCAAAAUACUAAGAGGGAAGAGCAUUGAUUUUUUUUAACCAAAUAUGGGCCCCAGUAUUUUAUGAAAAUAUAACAAUUUUGUUUGCAGAGUGCAUUAAAUAUAUUUAUUCUGUUACCUCAUAAUAUUGGUCCUCUUGAACAUUAUCUUUAAGUGUGUUUUCUUUAACAGAAACAUAAGGCAAUGCAUUGCACAGUAAUUAAGAAUAUUGUGGCAUACAGUUUGUGAUUGCUCUGUGGUCCUUUUAGCAUUCCAUGUCAUGUGAUCUGCUCUUGAGAGUAAUUAGGCCCUUUUAACGCCACUCCGUCAGCUCGUUGUGGGGUGUGGCCAGUCAGUUGCCUGCGUCGUCAUGGUGACGCCAUACGGGCCAGAGGUGGGGGCCUCCUCUAGAGUCCCCUUUUUCGUCACUGGCUCCCGUUUUCAAAAAGAGUAACCUUUUCUCCGGAGUGCCAGAUCUUUUUUUCCAGGAUCAAGUUGUACUGUACUCUAACCUUGUGCGUGUUUUUGUCGUCAUUUUUUUGUUUUGUACUUUUGCGUGCGUCUUUACUCAGUGAUGGUGCUAAGAAAAACAUUCUCAAAUUUUUUGUUUCAUUUACAUUUUUUUUUUUUUUUUUUUGUAUCUGUUUGGGGGAGACAAGAUGGGGCAGGAGGGGCAGUGCUGUGGAAAUGGUGCAUACCACCCCAGGUAAUGCUGGGAAGCAAACUAUCAGAUUUUAAAAGAGUAGGUUUUUUUUUUUACACUACAUACACACUAAGAUCACUACCAUUUAAUACAUGACUGUACAAUCACUAUGUGACAGGCUAUAACCACUAUUAUGCGCAGGAUAGGCUAUAACCACUAUUAAACUUGUGAUAGGCUCUAAUCGCUAUUGCAGAAAGGCUAUAAUACAUUUUGCACAUAUGACAGGUUAUAAUCACUAUUGCACAUAUGACAGGUUAUAAUCACUAUUGCACAUAUGACAGGUUAUAAUUAGAAAUGACGGUUUUGGAUGAUUCUUUCCACCCUUCCCUCCCACCUGCCACUGUCCUCUCCACCCAAGUGUACAGAGUAAGUUUUACUAAUUUUAUAUACUGUACAGUUAUUCUUUAAGAACAAGUAAACAUAUUUCUUGCCUGAAUGGAAAAAAAAUGUAUUUGUGAAAAGUGAAGAUUGAAUGAAAUAAAAUAUUCUUGAAUAAAGUA